UCUCUGAAAAUGGCAGCGACACGAUACGAACGAAGGACCCGAAGUAUCAGGACGUGAUUGGCACAGCAAAGCACCUGAGUUUCCGAGACAUUAAGAUGGCUAAUCUUAUGUACAGGUGCAGCGAGAAAGCUGGCUGUACAAAUGUCAAGUGCCGAGGGGAAGGGUUCCAAAACAAAAACUGUGAGUGUAUGUGCCCUGGAAGUCCAGUACGCAGUUGCGCCGACACCACACCUGGGCCUGGAGAUGGAGCCAGCACCGAAACAAACGCAGUCAUCAAGCUCCAAAGUGAACCCUGUGUAGACAAGGACAGCAGCUGUGAGGACUGGAGUGGUAAAGGCUUCUGUCAAGGAAAGAAUGCAGUGCAUGUGAGAAAUUCGUGUCCCAAAGCCUGUGGACUGUGUUUAUGAAAUGCUGACCGUGUUUCAUCUGUGCUCCUCUCGUUGACUGCCCGCAAAGAAAAUGUUUGAUGAGUAGAACUACUACCCUUUCGCAAAAUG